CUUUGAACUUUACAAUUUCACACUCAACGCUACUCCGCUGUGGUCUCCCUGAAUCUACACUCGCCGUUAAUAAUACCGCGAAAAAUCCUCGCCGGUGCCGGCAACCUAUACAACUUCUGCGGAUUACUCAUCCCACGAAUGUCGGCGGCGAAACCUCCUUCGUCGCAAUCACUACCAUCUUUCACCUCCAUCUCUACAAAACAAGGAUUGAUUUUAAUCCUUUCAACCCUAACCCUACUUACAUUCACUUACGUCUCCUUCAGCUCCUUAGGUUCCGGUCUCCAAUACAACUACUCUUAUUCUCCCCCUACAACAACAGUAACAUCUGUUUCCACAUUGAAGGAAGAUUUGGAAGUGGAGGAUGCUGCAAGUCGAAAUCCGGAUGGGUUUUCGGAUGUAUAUCAUUCCCCGGAGGUAUUUAAGUUGAAUUAUGCAGAGAUGGAGAAGAGAUUUAAGGUUUAUAUAUAUCCAGAUGGGGAUCCAAAGACCUUUUAUCAAACUCCGAGGAAGCUCACUGGGAAGUAUGCCAGUGAGGGUUAUUUUUUCCAGAAUAUUAGAGAGAGUCGGUUCCGGACUGAAGAUCCAGAUCAAGCUCACUUGUUUUUCAUACCAAUUUCAUGUCAUAAGAUGAGAGGAAAGGGAACUUCAUAUGAGAACAUGACUAUAAUCGUCCAAAAUUAUGUUGAAGGGUUGAUAUCAAAGUAUCCAUACUGGAACAGAACCCUAGGUGCUGAUCAUUUCUUUGUCACUUGCCAUGAUGUGGGUGUAAGAGCAACUGAAGGACUUCCACUUCUUGUAAAGAAUUCAAUAAGAGCAGUGUGUUCUCCAAGUUAUGAUGUUGGAUUUAUCCCUCACAAAGAUAUUGCUCUUCCUCAAGUACUCCAACCCUUUGCUCUUCCACGUGGUGGUGGAGAUGAUAUUGAAAACAGGACUACACUUGGUUUCUGGGCUGGACAUAGGAAUUCAAGAAUCAGAGUGAUUUUAGCAAGAACAUGGGAGAAUGACACUGAACUUGACAUUUCAAACAAUAGAAUUGAUAGAUCAACUGGUCCUCUUGUAUAUCAAAAAAGAUUUUAUAAAACCAAAUUCUGCAUCUGCCCUGGUGGGUCCCAGGUGAAUAGUGCUCGUAUUGCAGAUUCAAUCCAUUAUGGCUGUAUUCCAGUAAUUCUUUCUAAUUACUAUGAUCUUCCAUUCAAUGAUAUUCUUGAUUGGGGAAAGUUUUCACUCAUACUCAAAGAGAAAGAUGUGUAUGAUCUAAAGAAAAUCUUGAAGGACAUAUCUAAUCAACAAUUUGUCACUCUCCACAACAAUUUAGUAAAGAUUCAGAAGCACUUCCAAUGGAACACACCUCCAAUCCCUUAUGAUGCUUUUCAUAUGGUGAUGUAUGAUCUAUGGCUGCGUCAUUCUGUCAUCAAAUACUAGAAAAGUCAGGUUUGCCCUUUUACAGAAAAUUGUUGUUUUAAAACCUUAAUUACUAUAGUAAACAUUUUUUCAUUUUUUUGGACUUGUCAUAUGUUUACAAACAUGUCCAAUGUCUUGAUUCUAAUCCUUUGUAAAUUAAGCCUUUUUUUUUUCU